UAAAUACAAAUAAAUAAAUAAUAAAUAAUAAAUAAUUUUAAUUUUAUAAAUAAAUAAAUUAAUAAAUAUAAAUAUAAAAAUGAUUGGCAAAUUAUUCAAAGCUGUUACCCCAGAAACCUACAUUUUAAUUUUUAAUGCCUCUUUAGUUUCAUUAUAUGGUAUCAAUGUUGGUGUUCAACAAUUAUUAAAUUUAAGAGAAACUCAAGAAGAUGGUCCACAACAUACCAGUGUCGGUGAUCACUUUAAAGCCCGUGGUUCUCAACUUGCCAAUGGUAAAUCAUCACUAUUAAAUUUUACAAACUAACACAUCAUUUCUUAACGUUAUUAAACAAAAAUUUAUAAAAAAAAUAAAAAAUCAAAAAAAAAUAAAAAUAA